GCAAAAGGUCCCGUGGGCCCGUCUUUCCUAGAUCUACAAGCCAUUAGCGGCGUUGGACUGGAGGGUGGGUCGACAUUGCUCACCACCCUGUAUAUAGGCUAUAUGUUCAGCACCAUUGUCAGUGGCUACCUUUUCGACAAAUUCAAACGAUCACUUCUUUUAUCCGUUGCCAAGUUUAUAUUAGCGUGGACCGCCAUAGCCAUACCCUGGUGUUCUGUGUACUGGUUAAUGUUAACGGUGUUCUUCUUUCUUGGUGCCAUGGUCGGUGCAACUGAUGCAAUUGCAAAUGCCGAAGUCCAGCGUGUUUGGGGCAAGCAUGGUAAACCCUUCAUGCAGGGCCUCCAAUUCAUGUAUUCCUUUGGAGUCUCUGUGGCACCACUGGUAACCAUCAUAUUUAUGGAGAGUUCCUCAGGGGACAGAGAGGUUACUCUGGAGCAUAACCUAACGCUAACAAAUAACUCAUCAAUUCUAAACAAAACUCUUAUAUCACAAAAUCAAUCGUCUCCAGCUGGAAAUGAAAGCUUAGUUCCUGAAGAGUUUACGUUCGUAAGAAGUACUGAGUUGUAUAAAGUAUUUAUCAUCGGGGGUUCUAUAAGUUUAUUUUCCUGUGCAAUGCAUCUUAUAUUCUACUUUAAAUUUGAUAAAUGGAAUAAAACAACCCAAAAAGAAAACGAAACUAAAACUCCAACGAAAUCGAGGCUGCCUUUAGCUCUACAGAUUCAGUCCAUAUUACUUAUGGCUGGUAUACAAGCAUUGCUUACUGGAAUAGAUGACACCUGGAUAGCAUUUCUUACAACAUUUUGUGUCAAGAUGUUUGAUUGGACGAAAGCAAGAGGCGCCUUGUUAACGUCAGUAAGCAGUUUCGUGGCCGUUGUCGGUAGAUUCAUGGCGAUUUUUCUAGUUCAGGUAAUUUCCCCCAGAAAACUUGUAGGAAUUCACAGCUUGUUCACACUUCUUGUGUUUAUCGGAUUCUACAUCAGCGCACUAUACAAAUCAGACAUUGGGAUGUGGAUUGUUUCGUUGGUGUUUGGGUACGCUAAAGCCCCAGUUCUCGCUUGUGUAUUCUCUUGGACAGAUGAGGUUUUCUUACCGGUGACAGGUCGAAUUUCUUCUCUAUUCAUAGUGUUUAUGACAGCAAGCUCCGCUAGUAAUCCGUUAAUUCUGGGAUUCCUGAUGGAUAAAUUCUCCAACAUGUGGUUUUGUUAUCUCUUUCUGGGUGAAAGUUUUCUGUUGGUAAUUGUUGUCGUGUCGGCGUUAUUGUUGACGAGGCGGGUCGUGCGGAACUACGGAACGAAUUACAGACCUCAAGAUGGCGUGAUCAAGAGAAAGGAAAGGUUGCCUGUCAUUGGUACUUCAACUGUGUAA